UCCUCUACAGCCCCCGGCAACAUUGGGCUCGCCGCUGUGUGACUGUCUCCACAAGGGCCACUCGCGCCUGACUGCUUGCCGCCGUCGCGUGGCAGCGGAGCGGGAUGAGCAAAUGGCAGGCCAAUCUCGCCUAGGCUACUCCACAAGGCCCGAGAGACUCUAGGCCUGGAGAUGUUCCCACGCUGGGCGAGCAACACCCGAGGUUGCAACGCAUCUGCGACCAAGCAACAGUCAGAGACGAAGCGCACCGUCGCAUCUCCUUCUUCUACCAGUGCCACUCAUGGCCCUAGCGGCCAGCCUCCUGUUAGGCGCGGCCAUUCUCUUGGCCCUUGCCGGCCUCUGCUUCUCCUUCCUGAUUCUCGUGCGGAACGUCGAAGGCGAUCUUCCAAGGGCCCGGACCUGGGCUAGGAAGGUAUAUUUCGCUUCGGCUCUUCUAUCCCUCCUUCUUGCGUACAGAGGCUCCCUCCCUCUUAGCGUGUUGGCCCUCUCGCUCCUCCUUAGCAUGACUUUCGUUCUUUCCCUGUCCGGCAAGCCGUCAACCUACCUUCUACUCUUCUCACACCUAGCCCUUCCCCUCAUAGCUCACUACUUUCUCCUCUCACACCUCUCGCACCACACUUUUCGCUCCCAUCAAGUACAUGCCGCCCCUCGUCUUCCUGGAGGGCGCGUCUCUUGGGAUAUCCCCGAUGAGCACGUCGCGGCCGUGCAGGCAGGCGAGCACGAGGUACACUCAGUGGCACAGACGGUGACCUACUUCAUCGUCUUUGUGUGGGCGCAGACGUACGUUGCCUGGGCUAUGUGGAUGGGAGCUGAAGGAAGGCAGAGGUGGGGGUUGCCCUUUGUGUCUUUCGCUACUGAGAGAGAGGGAGGGUCAGAAGGACGUCGGAAGGACAAGUAGCAACUGUGAUAUCGCAAGAGGCAAUUGAUACAGAAAACAUAGUCAUUGGCAUCCUGAAAGCGUUCGUUAUUGAGCAUGGGAAAUUCUACAAUGCAGUGAGAGUGACCAAGAGAGAGCAAGGAGGCAAUGAACGAGAACUGAGACUUGAAGAACAGGCGAAGAGGAUGCACAGAGGUAGUGUUGAUGCGACUGACCUUUUGGAGGCACUUCGAGAGCUUCUCAGUCUGACCGCCUGGCGUCCCCAUCGCCCUCUCCAUCGGCCUCCUCAUCCUGUCCCACGGGCUCGUAGCCUCCACCAGGCUUCUCUGCGCCUCUUCCG